AUGGCUUCGACAAUACUUUCGUCGCCUUCGACCCCGUCAUCGCACCACAGCCACGACCACGCCUUUGCGCACAUACCGACGAACUCGUCGCCACUUGCAUCAUCUGACGGAUGUGGCUCGUCACCGACACAGUCGCCGUCCAUUCACGCGUCCGAACGUCGUCGCUCGCAAUACAAGGCACGCGGUGACAUCGACUCUCCUACCCAGAACCGCAGGCGUGCAUCACGACGCGUCACGACAGGCACUAUACCAUUUGCUCUGUCUCCAAACGCGCAAGCAGGACCCAGCCAAGAGCCGACGCGGACGACAAUGCUUCGGGAGCGUUUCAAGGCACGGUGCAUAGAGCGAGCGAACCAGGACAGAGAACGCAGGAUAAACGAGAAGAGGAGGGGCCUGAAUCUCAGCAGUGACGGUAUAGACGACCUCAUGGACGACGAAGAGGACGACGGUACUGUUCUGGACGACCCCGUACUCUGCAGACUGCUAACAGAAGACAUACUCCAGUUCUUCCAACGGAUAGUGGCGAAUCUCAAGAGCAAGGAAAAGCACUCGUAUCGCGUGUCAUACGCGUAUGAUGUUGGAGAUUCGUUCGAUCCUGACAUGGAAAACAUCGACGAGUGGGUGAACAACACCCAUGAGGAAGUACGUACCAACGUGCUCCCCGACGAAGAAGAGCUCGAUGAUGAAGAACUCGCGCGGUUAGCGGUCGAGCGCGAGUUGCUUGAAGGUCUCAACAUGGAUGAAGUCUUCAGCUAUAGCGACGUGGAAGAUUACCCGACACAGGACGAGGACGUGGAAAUGGACUAG